AUGUUACAAUGGGGCAAAUGGUUUCUGGUGCCCUUUCUGUACAUUGCGACCACUGUAUCGAGUUCUAGAAGUUCGCCGAAUGGUACAAAAGGUUGUCAAUGUGAAUUCCCGUCCCUGAUUGAAGCAACUACGGCCGAGCUCCAGGAGGGGCUCACCAACGGCUGCUUCUCCAGUGUCGACCUGGUCAAUGCAUAUGUGACCCGGAUAAACGAGGUCAACUCGACACUGCACAUGGUCCUCGAAAUCAAUCCCGACGCAUGGGACAUCGCUCGACAGCUUGACUUGGAGAGAAAACACGGACUCAUACGAGGGCCUUUGCAUGGCCUUCCCAUCCUUGUCAAAGGCAACAUCGGCACCGAGGACAAGAUGGAAACAGCUGCUGGCUCUUACGCGCUUGUUGGCGCCAAGGUGGCUGCGGAUUCAACUGUUGCAAAGAAGCUCAGACAAGCAGGCGUCGUCAUCCUCGGCAAGACCAGCAUGUCAGAGUGGGCGAACUUCAGGUCACUGAUUGAAUCCUCCGGCUGGAACGCCCAGGGCGGCCAAACAUAUGCAGCUUACUAUCCAAACCAGGAUCCCAGCGGUAGUUCAAGCGGCAGUGGCGUGGCAGCCGAUUUGGGCCUUGCCUUUGCAGCCCUAGGUACCGAGACAAGUGGAAGCAUUCUAUGUCCGAGUGAGAAUAACAAUAUUGUCGGCAUCAAGCCCACCGUCGGUCUCACAUCACGAUACAUGGUCAUCCCCAUAAGCGAGCGCCAGGAUACAAUCGGGCCGAUGGCCAGGACUGUCAAAGAUGCGGCAAUAAUUCUGCAAGCGAUUGCAGGUCCAGAUCAAAAUGACAACUAUACCCUGGCAUCUCCCUUUGGCAACCGCCUCCCGAAUUACGUCGCAGCUUGCAAGUUGUCCGGGUUGAAAGGGAAACGAAUCGGUAUACCCCGUAACGUUAUCAACACGUUGGACGCGUCAAAUGAGCCGAUAGUGUGUGCAUUUAAGGCCGCCGUCUCCGUGAUUUCCAAAGCAGGCGCAACAAUUGUUGACGACGCGAACUUCACAGGCUACGACGCCUAUCUCAACAGCUCAAUCCCACAGGAUGUUGUUGCUGCUGAUUUCAUAAGCAAUAUCGCAUCAUAUCUCUCCAAAUUGAAGACCAACCCGAACAAUCUUCACAGUCUGGAAGAUAUUCGGCGCUUCACUCAGCAGUCGCCACUAGAGGACUAUCCAUCUCGUGAUACAGGGAUCUGGGAUCGCGCGCUUGCUAGCGGUCUCAAUAACACGUCUCCCGAGUUCUGGCCAUUGCACUUGCAGAACUUGUACUACGGGGAAGAGGGAGGGUUGACAGGAGCUUUGUCCCGCCACAAGCUUGAUGCCGUCAUUCUUCCAACAGCUCUCGCUUCCGAAAUCCCAGGUAUCAUCGGGUCACCAGCAAUCACAGUCCCUCUUGGGUCGUUCCCCGAGGGCACACCCAUUGAGUACAAUCCACGUGGUAACUUGGUUGAAAAGGCACCUGGCAUCCCUUUUGGAAUCAGCUUUCUUGGACCCAGGUGGAGCGAGGAGAGCUUGAUAGGCAUGGCCUAUGCCUUCGAACAGCGGACGCUCGUGAGGAAGAAGCUCCAAAGAUACAUUGAACCGAGAAGCGACCUGAGCAGCAUAUUAUAA